GACGUUUUCGUCAACAACAAAAUGAACACACCCUGUGCUCUUAUGUGUUUCGUUUUGGUUCCAGUUUCUGUUUCAACAGGAUGUAAGGAAAGAGAACGAAGACAGAGGAAUCGAAAGAAAAAAAAAAGAAACCGUAUGGAAUAUUUUUGAUCAUUCGAGCCUCACUUCAAAGCGUCAUCAGCCGCGCUCGAGGGAUCUGUCACCUGCCCUUUGAAAUUGGGUUCUCACACUUUGAUGGGGCUUGCAACGUACAUUACAGGAGAAGGAGCAUUUAGUGCGUCAGUUAUGUUGGAUGACAUUACCGUAGCGUAUUAUAAUUCAGAAACAAAGAUCUAUGUUGCAAGAGGAAAUGAUACAAAUGAAGAUGAUGUUUUAAAACCAAAUGACCUCAGGUCUUUAAGUGACAUUGUGCUUAAUUUUUUUAUAAAAAGAUCAUAUUACCUGAGACCUGACAACAACACAGAAAGUGAAAACCAUGUGGUUCAUCAGGCGAUGGGUCUUUUUGAACAGAGAGAUGAUAAACCUGUACUGAUCACCAAAACUGCUUAUAGAAGCUCUUCAAUUGAUGAGCUGCGUUUUAUUGAUGGCAAAUUCACAUAUCAGGGGCUUUCAAAUUACACUGAACCUGAAAUAAAACCCAAUAUAGAACUGUCCAAGUUACUUUUUAAGUUAAAUUACCAAGUCUGUGAAACAACGCUGAAGAAUUACCUUAAAAAGAGAGAAACUCAACUAAACAGAAAAGUGAAACCGCAAGUCAGACUCAUUCAGAAAGCAAUCUCUGAUUCUGGAGGGUCUCAUUUGAGUUGUUUGGCAACAGGAUUUUACCCUCGUCACAUCAACCUGACCCUGUUCAGAGACGGGCAGCCUGUAGCUGAUCAUGAGAUCACUGGAGGAGAUCUGCUGCCCAAUGAUGACGGGACGUACCAGAUGAGGAAGAGUCUGGAGAUCAGUGCUGCAGACAAACACAAAUACACCUGCUCUGCCACACACCUCAGUCUGGACAACACACUGGACGUCGAUUUGGAAUCCGAAAAGUCAUUUAAAUCAGCGAUUCUGUCAGUGCUGAUAGUUUUGGCUCUGGUGUUGGUGUUUGGGACUGGAGCCAUCAUAUAUAAAUACAGGAAGGCAUGAGCAGAUUCUAGAAGUGAUUAUUCUGCUGCUUCUAUUAAUGGAUCAACAUCUUCAAACAAUGAAUAAAUGAGUUCCACCAGUUGCUUUAUGAUGAAAGAUACCAGAGGGCAAGAGUCAAGUGUGAGGAUUCAAAUGCCCAACAGUUCCACAUCAAAUAAUGUAAGAAGAAACACUUUAAAGAAACUAUGGAAUAAGAAGCUGUUUAUUUGUGCAAUUUCUUCCUUCACUGUUAAGUUCCCAGUUUAACCUCAGCAGGAGGAACAGAACCAUGUAAUUUCUAGAAAAGGCUGGUCCCAUGUUUUGUUUCCAGGCUCAUUUAAUGAACAUAACAUGAACAUAAUUGUUAGCUUAUAUAUAUUAUAUAUUAUAUAUAUAAUGAUAUCUUUCAUGACAUUUAGUUAUUUUGGCUACUUUAGAGCAUUAAAGAUGAGUGUUUCAACUUUAAUAUUGUAGUGUUUCAACUGUAACUGACAUUGGUAUUGGAACAAAAGUACUUCUUGUCAUUAUAAACUAACUGUGGAAAAUAGUGUGUAUUAGAAUUAUUGAUCAUCAUUUCUUUAGCAGACAUUUAAAAGAAAUGUUACAUGAAAAAUGAUAGGUUAACUGUUAGUGUUUGUGUGGUAAUGUAAAUAGGAGAAUGUAUGCCUACACUGUCUACCCUAGUGACUAAAAAUGUCUAGCUUUAUUUGGUUGCGACAAUAAAAUUCAUAU